CGCCAAUGGUUGUGUCGUUGUGAAUCCAGGAGCGACGAAACCAAAGAAGUGGUAGAAGGUGUCCAAGCACAGAAUAGACGCAAGCUUUUCCCUCCUUCCUGAGUGGUCGGUUAAAAAGAGUCUUCGGCCAAGAAAUGGGAGAAGAACAAAAGGAGUCUGAGAAGGAGGAGUCUGCAGAGGAGCCUCGAGAUAUUUCGCUUAAGGUAGACAUGGACUGCCAAGGUUGCGCGAAGAAGGUUGAGAAAUCCCUCCUCAUAUUUGAAGGUGUUGAGAACGUGAGGGCCAAUAGCCAACCAAAGACUGUGGUGGUGAAGAGCAGGACCGCGGAUCCCACCAAGGUUUGCGAAAGAGUUCAAAGGAAAACAAAGAGAAGGGUUGAGUUGAUCUCCCCUAUUCAUCCACCACCCCCGUAGAAGGAGAAGCAAGAGCAUACUCUGCCACCACCUACGAAGGACGAGAAGAAAGAAGAGGUAACUUUAUUAUGACGUAG